AUGUUUAGGCUGAGGCUGGGAGGGAAUUCUCUCAAUGGAACACUACCAGGUGAAUCAUUGGGAAGCCUUGGGGAGUUGAUGUAUUUGGAGCUUGAGAACAACAACUUGACUGGAUCAAUCCCUCCUGAAAUUGGCAAGUGCACGAAUUUGGCGCUGUUGAAUUUAGCCGGAAAUGGAUUGACAGGUCCUCUGCCUCCAUCAUUGGGUAAUCUGACCAACCUUCAAGUUUUGAAUCUUCAAUCAAACCAUUUUGUUGGAGAAAUCCCUACUCAAAUCACAAUGUUGCAUAGAUUGCAGAGGCUUAAAUUAAGCAGGAAUUCACUGAAUGGUUCUAUACCGGAUUCAGUUUCCAGCUUACAGAAUCUCACCAACUUGGAUUUGCAAGGAAAUUAUCUUAGUGGUUCUAUACCUGAUUCCAUUGAAAACUUGGGUAAUCUAUUAGAACUUCAGCUUGGGAAAAACCAACUUAGUGGGCACAUUCCAGAAAUGCCACGGAGUCUGCAAAUUGCUUUGAAUCUCAGCUUCAAUCUCUUUGAAGGGCAAAUUCCGGGUAUUCUAUCAAGAUUGACUGGCUUGGAGGUUUUAGACCUCUCGAAUAAUAGAUUUUCAGGCGAGAUUCCGGAGUUCCUAACGAAAAUGCAAACCUUAACUCGAUUGGUUCUAGCAAACAAUCAGUUGUCCGGAAUGGUUCCACAGUUCGGUAAGUUUGUUGAUGUCAACACAACAGGAAAUAACGUUAUGUAUUCUACACAAAAUCUGCCACCUGCAUCUCAAAGGAAGAGAAAAUCAGUUGCCUCUGAAGCUAUUAUUGCAUCUGCGGCUGCUGUCAUAGCUGUUGGUUUAAUAACCUUAAUAUCUUUCUUAAUUUCCAGAAGAUAUUACAGGAUUAACGAUGAACACUUGGACACAGGAGAAGAAACUUCACAACCCCAAGUCAUCCGAGAAAAUUUGUUGACUGCCAACAGCAUCCACAGAUCAAAUAUUGAUUUUUCAAAAGCCAUGGAAGCAGUGGCAAACCCCUCGAAUAUCUUCUUGAAGUCGAGGUUCUCGACUUACUACAAAGCCGUCAUGCCAUCUGGUGCAAGCUACUUUGUGAAGAAACUUAACUGGAGCGACAAGAUAUUCCAAUUGGGAAGCCAUGAGAAGUUUGGUGAAGAGCUGGAAAUACUUGGAAAGUUGUGUAAUUCAAAUGUCAUGAUCCCAUUGGCAUAUGUGUUGACAGUCGAUAAUGCUUACCUCUUCUAUGAAUUUUCCCCCAAGGGUACACUUUCUGAUGUUCUUCAUGUUGGUUCCAGCAAUGGUCCUUUGGAAUGGGCGAGCCGUUACAGCAUUGCUAUUGGAGUAGCACAGGGCUUAGCUUUUCUCCACGGAUCCAACUCCAGUCCUGUUCUCCUCUUCGACCUUUCCAGCAAAACCAUUAUGCUUAAGUCCCUAAAUGAGCCUCAAGUUGGAGACAUUGAGCUUUGCAAGGUGAUUGAUCCCUCAAAGAGCACGGGCAGUCUUUCAACUAUUGCUGGUUCCAUUGGUUACAUCCCUCCAGAGUACGCAUACACAAUGAGACUCACAAAAGCUGGGAAUGUCUACAGCUUUGGUGUUAUUCUCCUUGAGCUGCUGACAGGACUGCCACCGGUAAUUGGAGGAACUGAACUAGCCAAGGUGGUGUUAUGCAACUCAGCUCAGCAAAAUAAAUGGGAUCAAAUUCUUGAUUUCAGUGUGAGUAAAACAUCAGCAGCUAUUACAAGACAGAUGUUAGCAGAGGAAUUCCAACGAAAUCGAACACAUAGUACUUCACCGGAUGACAGACCGAACAUGAAAAGUGUUCUGCGAAUGUUACUAAACGCAAGAGUUACAUGCCAAGCAAGGAAUUGUAUGGUGCAAGACGAGACUCAGGAAGUGGCGGCAGCGACAAGUGGUGGUGGAGAGGGGUUGGCAGAAGUGGGGAUGAGGUGA